AUGGAAGAUUGCAAUCUGGUGUUCACACCACUUGAAGCCCGAGUUAAAUUCACUCUAAAUGAAGGAAGCCCAAGAGUGGACUUAACAAAUUUUAGAAGCCUAAUCGGGAGUCUGAGGUACCUAACCCACUCAAGACCCGAUUUGCUGUACUAUGUGGGAGUAUUGAGCAGGUUCAUGAAGAAUCCUACUUCGGAGCAUCUCAGUGGAGUUAAGCGGAUUCUCAGAUAUGUGAAGGGGACUGUCGAUUAUGGAUGUCGAUUAUGGACUUUUCUACAAGAAAGGUGGAUUGAAUUCUGA